CGACCUGUAAGCAGGGAUAUUUGAUUCGCACUGAGCUUAAAAGGCUGGUCGUUGCGAUGCAGCGUGCGCAUGUGCUGUAACUGCCUUCCUGAUGAAGGCACUGCUGAGUGCUGAUGCGGGUCAAUAAUUCACGCGUCGCACCAUGGAUGAUCCUGCUCAUGGAUGCAAGGGGCAAUGCAAACAUUUUAAAAUAGAUGUGAAUGCCUCACCAGCCAACACAAUUCACCUUUGAUAUUUCUAUCCGUCAUUGCACGCUUUUAUCAUGGAGAGUUCAUCAAUUUGGCGCCUCCCCCGAAGUCUCCAAGGCAGCACGGAUGAGCAUAAGGGGGCUUCCCGCAAUCCCACCUCAGGCCGGACACCCCCCCCUUCUUCAAUUGCAAGAGACUUCUGGAUUCCCCAAGUCUCCGGAGAUGGUCAGAUCUACUAUGUCAACACAGUCACUGGGCAACUAUCUCGUGAUCUACCGUUCGACACGGAGGAUGAAACGUUUGAUUGUGAUCUUGCAGGCUUAACUUCAUCACAAUGGAGCUCUCGUGCUGGCACCGGCGCUGGUCUCGGUUUUGCUUCUUAUGGGGGAUUAGAGCCUGCCCGACCACCUAGCAUGUCAUCUUCUCAUUACCCACAUAACCUAAAUGGUGUUUUGACGGCUCCCGCAAGACCGUCCUCGCCAUUACUUCUCGCAGACCUUCCACCAGGGCGCACUCGUGCCCAGACAGACUCUUCUGCUCUUCCCUCCAAUCGUCAUACGUACCGCAUUCCCGGUGGUCUCUCCGGUUCACCGACCGACCAAGUACUAAAGAGGAGUCUUACUACGCGGGAGAGCUCAUCUACUAGCCGUAAGAUGUCUUUGUCUAUGGAUCAACUUGAAGAUCCUCGUCUCUUCUCGUACUCUCACCGUCCGCUUGUGGCCAGACAGGGCUCUCGAUUAAAGGAAGCUGCCACAUUACCCAUGCCUCCCCAAGUCCAGGAACUUCUGCCAGACGAAGAUCCUUCUCACCUCCUGACUGCAGUACCAUCUCUGGAGGAAGUUCUUUCUCCUCGACCACCAGAGCUUAUUUCUGAAUUGCUAGAUCGUUUUGGAAUCCCUCGCGUUGCAGAUGAUGAAGUAAUCGUUGAUAGCCUCAUCAGUACCGCUGUUGCUUCAGUUCGUGAUUUACUCUACGUCUCCGGUCCUUCUUUCGGUCAAAUACCAAGUCAUCUUGUUCCGAAAGGAUCACAAGAUGAACAGAGCACGAGCACAGCGUCGCACACGUUACUCGUUCCUGCACAGCGUCGAGCUAUUGCGACACUUUCAAAGUUUCUACUCUCUGCGAGAGCGAUCUUGAAUGACGGUCCUUGGAGCGCAAGUGACAGCAUCGGCAACCUUGCAACUGAUGCCACAGAACUUGAGCGCUCCGUUGUCGAUUUCGUGUCGAUCACGCAAAGUUGUCGUUGUGACGAGUUGGACUGCGACAAGGGUCCAAGACACUUGCAGGGUUACUUCUCAGCACCACAUGCAGGACUUGGGAAGGCUGGCGCCGGGGCUGCUGGGGCUUGGAAAGGAUUUGGUUGGGUCACUAUCGAUGGCAAUGAGGAAGCUCCCCGGCGAAGCUUAGACAGCGCAGUCUUAAACGACAUCGUGGGACUGGUACUGCAGGUACAAGACAGGUCAAAUGACUUCGUUGAAGGCUUACGUGCUUCUGCACCUGCCAACGUGGUAACGUCAACCGGCUUACGAAUGAUGAAUCAGUUGUCAUCCCUUCUCCACCACCUUGGCGACCUGCACGUCGCUCGGCAUGUCGACAUCGAACCGGUGGAUCAGGAGGAACUCAAUGAUGGUGCUCGAUAUCUCCGGACUGUUGAGAAAGCCAGAGUCCUCGUACGGUCGUUCGAAGCCGCUACUCAGGCUGUAUACGACGACGGCGCUGCACUACUCACCAAUACACAGCGGAUCCGUCAUGUAGAAGAAUGCGAAACAUGGCGCGGUCGGGAUGAACAUUAUGAUACCCUCGAAGCGCUCAACUCCUCACUGGACUUUAAUCUUCAGGUUCUGCGACAGACUCUCGAAAGUCUUCUCGGCAUCGUGCAGGAACAGACGGAUAUUCUUGAACGGAGUAACAAGAGCCCCACUGAGUGGCGUAUGUCACAACGUAGCCUCAUUACAGCAAUAUUGGCCGAAGAGGCACUUAACGGCACGAAUAACGGCCUCUACGAUACGAACAAUGACGAAGCAGAUGAUACAGAUGAUAUCCUCAGGAAUGUUGCAAGUAUCGAUAGUACUACGCCUAUAUCAGAAAUAUCGGCUUCGCCUGUAAUAAACGGACAACUACCUCUGAUAUCCGAUACAAUACCAUGGGCUGACUAUGAAGAUCUUCGCAUAAUUAGAACCCCCCCUCGGCAGGACAAGAUAAAGGCGUUCUUUGGUGACGACGCACCCUCUCACUAUCUCAUUACCCUCAAUGCCGAAACCAAACCAUGGUAUCUGAGACCGACGUACGAUCCCAAUGAUGUACUAGUCGACCCUGAUGGAACUACGCGAGGUGGAACGGUUGCAGGCCUAGUUGAGCGGCUAACCGCUCACGAGUAUGCUGAUCCCAAGUUCAGCAAAGCUUUUCUGAUGACUUACAAAACCUUCACAACCCUUGAUGAAUUGUUCAGGUUGUUGGUGGAGCGCUUCUGGAUACAGCCUCCAGAAGGUCUAAACUCCCCGGAGCUGGUGGAGUGGCGGAAGCUUAAGCAACAGAUUAUUCGUAUCAGGGUUAUUAACACGAUUAAGUCAAUGGUUCAAGAUGACGAUGUGUUGGAGAGAGACGACGCGUACAUCCUUGAUCGCAUGAUAGAAUUUAUUUCGCAUGAUGAAGUCAUCACUCUACCUGCGGCAAAGCAGCUUAUGGUGAUCAUUAAACGUGCUCAGCGAGGACGUGAUCCGAACAAAGUGACGAUUAGCACGGCUCUGGAUCCGCCACCUCCGCCAAUAGUCCCUAAACGGAUGGAGCUACUCGACAUUGACUCCUUGGAGCUAGCAAGGCAAUUGACCAUCACAGAAAGCCAGUUAUACCAGAAGAUUCGACCUUCUGAAUGCCUUUUGCGGUCCAAGGAAUCGAAAACUGACCACCAUGACAACAUCGCAAACUUCAUUCGCCGUAGUAACAGAGUAAGUUCCCUGGCUGCACGUGCCAACUGGGUCGCAUAUGCCAUCCUUUGCAAAGACGAACCUCGCAGACGCGCUUCCAUCAUGAAACAUUUCAUCAGUCGCUGCAGGCACAUUCAGAAUUUUUCGACUAUGUUAGCUAUCGUAUCUGGCCUAAACUCGUCACCUAUCCGUCGGCUUAAACGCUCUUGGGAGCAAGUGGGCACCAGAUACAUGUCACAGUUGGAAACAUGCGAGACAACAAUCAAUUCUUACAAGACGUUUAACAUCUAUCGACAUGCCCUUGCGAAAGUUUCCCCGCCGUGUGUUCCAUUCGUUGGGGUGUUUCUUACUGCCUUGACACACAUUCAAGACGGCAGUAAGGAUUCCCUUCCGAACAACCUGGUGAACUUCCGAAAACGCCAGAAGGUUUCAGAGGUAAUCCAAGACCUUCAACGCUGGCAAACUCAGCCGCACAACUUCCAUCCCCUCCCAUCUGUUCUUGUCUACUUGGAUGAUGUACUUGGACAGUUUGGCGACAAAGAUGUCAGCGAUGUCUUCUGGCAGCUGAGCUUAGAAAGGGAGCCGCGUGAAAAGGAAGAAGAGAAACUUGCAAGGAUGCUACAUGAAAGUGGUUUUCUUUUGAGCCUCUCCAGAGUUACUCUGCUAUCCUGACGCUUCUACUGGUUAGAUACGCAACUUCUCCCGCAUUACUGUAUCUCAUUGGACACCAACUUGAACGUACUCUAUUGAUAAGUUAUCCCAAUUACCGUUAGAUGGCAUCCCUCCAAUGUAUCUACCCAGGAUUUCAAGAGCUGAAACCUUGUUGUGGUGCAUCAGGAAAAGCACUGGUUUGGUUAUCUUGUCACUUAAUUAUGUGAAAGGGUCAUUGGUUACUACUCGCUCGUGCACAUCACAUUUCGCGCAGUCACAUAGAUGUCACGGAAAGUCAUGGUGUAGUCACACUGGCCGAUUUCGCAGUCCGACACGCUUAGGAUAGACAUUAGGAAUAUAUAUACAAGUGUACCAGUGGCUAAUAUAUAGUAAUUUAAUUGAAUAUGUAUUGUGG